AUAACGGCAACUUUUACAACUUCUAUGAUUAUCUUGUUUAAACACAAAGAAAAACACUAGAUAUCAUAGUUGUAUGGAUUGUAAAGUUUGGAGUAAGCAGCACGUAAAAUUUAGUUCGAGUCUAAUUGGCUCCACGUCUGGGCACUUGUCCCAAACUGGAUUGCUCUACAACCAUUUAUCAGGAUUUCCAUGUGAAUCUACCUGUGAUGUGACUUGGAUUAUCUGGUUAGGCUGUGACUAAGCAGGUGUGACUUGGAUUAACUUUGUCACCUGGAGGCUGUGACUAAACAAAUGUGACUUGGAUUAACUUUGUCACCUAGAGGCUGUGACUUGGAUUACCUAGCUUUGUUACCUAUCACAACUGUGACAGAACAGGUAUAGAGACACCUGUGGUGUGAUAUAUAUAAAGGACAAUUCUACUUAACACUAUGGAAUUACUACUGUACCUAUCUGUGCUGCUGUUAGCUCUGAAAGAAACAUUAUCAUGUUCAUGUAUGGUGUCACAUAGUCAAGACCUCUACUGUCGAUCUGACUUCAUCCUGGUGGCUACUGUGAAAGGACAGAAGAUAAUCUAUAGCAGACAUGAAGACAGGAAUGAGUUACCGAUGUCGAACGUAGAUUUUGUCAGCAGUUCCUUCGACUCUCGGAUACCUUUAGAACGCCACUACAGAGUCCGAGUGCAUCGUACGUUUAAGGGAAAUCUCAACAAAGAAUACCAAAGAGCCUUAAAGAAAUACCUGUACACAGGUGGUUCUGACGCUGCUUGUGGUGUGAUACUGGAGCACCGCAAAACAUACCUUUUAUCUGGUACAAUCCGUAACAACCAGCUGUGGAUUAACUAUUGUGGCUGGUUUCAGGAGUACAAAACUCUCAAUCUUCAACAGAAAAAGUUUCUCAAGUUCAAGUACAAACACAACUGUGGUUGUAAAGUGACUUCCUGCUAUGAGGGUGGAUACUGUCCUGCAGCCCGUAAACUUUUUCGCCGUGAUUAUUGCAAGUAUCAACUCAGAAGGGACCGGACGCCGAGCAAAGAUUGUUUCCAACGUCACGGACAGUGUGUAAGGAUGGAUGGUGCAUGCCAAUGGAAGAAAAACAAGCAGUUUAAAGUUUGUUUGAAACAAAACGGACAAUCAUUUCCUUGGAUGAAUCGACCCCAUUUACCCAUAGGUCCCGAAAUUUCACCGGAAACCAGCAAUGAGUCAAAUGGUCAUAGUCCAAAUUUUCCUGGAUACCAGGAACCGUGAAACAUAGCCACUGUAAUAUAGUCUUAGAUGAUAGCUAUGCUGACAGCAUAGAUGUGAUAGAGUUGUCCCCCUUGGACUAGAAAAACAGAUGGUUGUGUAAGAUGGCAGCAGGAACAAAGCAAAGCAAGAGACAUUUUGUAACAGUCUGUGUAUCAUGUACUUUUAGUGGAUCUGUGAUAAAUAGGUUUGGAUGUAUAUUUCUUCCAGCUUCAAAGAGCAGCUUCAAAUUCUGAUCAGGCAAACCAUGCAUAGUUUUACAGAGACGACUUGGAUCAGGCAAACAAAGCAGUUUCAAAAAGCAGACGCUGAUCAAGCAUAACAAGCAGAUAUAGCUUUAAUUAGCAGCUCUCGAAACUUUGAUCAAUCUCAAAAAGCAAGCUUAAAAGAACAGCUCCACAUUACAAUCAACAAAUGUAGUAGAGAUUUAAACAGCAGACUGGAUUACUUUUGUCAGAACUAUGUACUCCACACAUCUUUAGAAUAAGAUUUUAUGUAUCAACACUGACCAGGCAAACAAAAAAUGAUUUCAGUGGGGAUGGACCCUGACAACACACACAAACUUAUCAAAAUGGUUCCUCUUUCAGCUUUGUUGUGGUUAGAAUAAAAGAUAUUGAUAGAAUCAUAUCUUUUCCUUAUAACUAUUUCAUUAAGUCAUGGUGUCAUAAAGUAAAGCACAAUUCACACAAAGCAUCAGGUUACAAUACACCAUUUGAAAUUUUAUAUAAUAUUCUUCUUUUCUGAUGUUCAAUCAAACUAAUCGUUCUCAUGAAUAUUGAAAUGAAAAUUUGGAUGUUUUGCUGGUACCUAUAACAGUAGCAUCAUACAAGCAUAGCUUUCAAGUUUGUGUAAUGAGAUUUACAUUUGUCAAACUGCUAUCAAUUUGUAUUAAUUCAUUGUAAACAAACAGGUGUAAAUAUUUAAUAAACAUCUUGUGUCACGAAACUCAGCAUUCGUAACAUUCACAUUCAACCUCUGUGUUGAGUUCAAAGAAGCAAUAGGGCACCAUGUUCAUUUCAAUAUUUACUAUUAAAGAGAUAUAUAUUUUCAUUUCUUUAUCAUACUUGUUUAUUAUAGGUGGAAUAAUAAGUCAUUUGGUUUGUUGUCUGUGUAUAUAGUAAGUCAUAAAUUCCUUCCAAACUUUCAACUAUAUAUAUAUAUAUAAAUAUGAAUGUCUGAAACUAAUAUUAAUCAUUUUCACAAUUGAACAUUUCAUCACCUAACUGCUUAAUUAUCUUUUUAAUUAAAAGCACUCACCGAAAAAUGUAAUUAAACUGUUUUAAAUAAAUGAUGAUUUGAUGACAAUUUGUAUGUUUUCUUGAGAAAUUUUUUCCCCAUUUUUCCUUUUUUUCCCCUUUUUUUUUCUUUCUUUUUAAUUUUUGGUUACAUUAAGCUAUUCUAUAUUUGUAAAUAAAGUUUCAAUAGAAAAAUACAUAAAGGGAGAUAACUCCUGCAUGGUAAUAUUUUUUAAAAAGUUAGAUUUUAGAUAAUUUAAAUAUCAUAUAAUUAUAUAUGUGUAUAUAUAUAUGUAACAAGAAUUGUACAGCAAUACAUAUCAAUAGGAAACUGUUUUGUGAACAUUUGUUUCAUUUGUAGUGCUUGUAUUGUAGUAUUGUUUUAUACAGUAGUCAUUGUAAUACUGAUAUUUAAAAAAAAAUGUAAAAAUAAUCCUGAUGUAAAUUAAGCUGAGAUUAAGUGAAAUAAAAGUGUCAUUACAACAAUA